AUGGAGUCUUUUGAGUUAAAUACACUUCAACAAGGAUCUCUUAGUGUGGAAGAAUUCUACAAUAAGUUAAGAGAUUUGAUGAUCCGUGAUGGCGUGAUUGAACUCGCUGUUAUUACCAAGAAUAGAUUUGUGUAUGGUAUUAGAAAAGAAAUUGCACGGUUGCUUCCUCAUCGGUGCAAGUGCUUGUUUACUUUACUAUUCCAUGCCAAACAAAUUGAAGAGAAAUUGCAGCAAAAAGAUGUCGAGAAUUCGAUACCUUUUUCCUUGUCAUACGUGGAGGGCUCAAAAGAAAUGAAUGAGGAUGUUAAUGGAUGUGAUUCUAGGGUUGAAAAUCAGUUGGAAGGAAUGGUAUUGUUGUGCCAUGAUCUACAAAGCGCGAGAUCACUCCCUCUCCUUGGUGAAGAUUUAUUCCCUAAAGAGAUGCCAAAAGGAUUGCCACCACUUAGAGGGAUUGAGCAUCAAAUCGACUUUGUCCCUGGAUCUACCUUGCCAAACCGACCAGCCUACAAAACCAAUCCCGUGGAAGCAAAGGAAAUCCAGAAACAGGUUGAAGAGCUUCUUGAAAUUGGACAUAUUCGAGAAAGCUUGAGUCCGUGUGCCGUUCCAGUGCUCAUUGCCCCAAAAAAAGACGGUACAUGGAGAAUGUGUGUUGAUUGUCGUGCAAUCAACAAUAUAACUAUUAAGUAUAGAUUUCCUAUUCCUCGACUUGAUGAUAUGCUUGAUGAACUUUAUGGAGCUAACAAGUCACAAGAAAAACACUUGAAACACCUUCGAUUAGUUUUUCUUGAACUUAGGGCUGCACAGUUGUAUGUCAAUCUUGAGAAGUGUUCUUUUAUGUCUGAGAGUGUUGAGUUUUUAGGAUUUCAUGUUUCUACAGAAAGUUUGUUCGUGAUUUCAGCUCCAUAG